AUGGCAGUGGCCAAGAAGUCUGAGCUGAAUGAUGAGUUAUCAAGGGCGGAACGAGCUGCAAAUAGUGUUCACGACCCGCGAGCAGCAGGAUGGGACCACUUCGCUGAGAAGAGUCUUGAUGAACCAGACGCCGUGACAGGCUAUAAUAGUGACAUGCUUGGAAGUUUGAAGUCUGAGAUCAUGAACCUGGCUGAAAAUGUUUUUGACCACUUCGUGGGCACGAGCAAAGUAUUGGUUGAUGCUCUCAACGAGUUAUCAACGGCGCACCCAUUCAUUCGAGUGGCUUUCCUUGCAUUCAAAGCGGUAAUCGAGUUGGACAUCAAGAGGCGGGAGAAUGACAAACGGAUCCUUGCCCUCAGAUACCAGAUGCAAGAUAUGAUCAUAUACCAAGUCGCAAUCCCUCAAGAGACGAUCGAACAGCGGCUCUCAAAGAGAAUGGAAGACAUUGCGAACGAUAUAGAAGGAUGUGCGAACACGUGCAAUGUGUGGACAAAGAAAAGGACCAUAGUCAAGGUCUUCAAGAGUCCUGGAUGGGAGCGUAAAUUCAACGAUUAUGUGGAAACCUUCCAAAAGCACCAGGUCAGUAUCCACGCAGAUCUCGACCUGCAGGUCAGCGCAGGGAUUAGUUCAGCCAACGAGGCCAUCGCCCGAGUCAAGUCCAAAGUGGACCUGAUAGUCUUCCAUCUUCUUCGUUCCUCGGCGGAGAAGGACGUAGUCUCUCACAUGGACAGGAAAUCACCUGAGGCAUAUUUGAAGAAUGAUAAAAAGCUCUUAUCUCUGAUCAGGCUCAGCAAGCAAAAGGUCAUCGAGAGGAGGAGAGAUAAGGGUGCAGGGGUGUCCAGCCGCAAUCACAAAGACGUUGAUGAUGAAGAUGGAAUAGAGGUCAAACUUCUGGUGGAUAUCAAGCAUGAAAUGGCUGUCAGGGCAUGGCUCCCACACUCGCCUCAUGUCUCAUUGUUCUCUCUUUUCUGCUUCCGCUUCUGUCCCAUUUCGUUCAUUCCCCCUAAUACUUCCGUCUCCCUAUUCGGUCACGCUCUCCCGCACCCUCCUAGGCCUCCCGCGCCCUCCUUUUCGCAUCUCCCCUAUUUUGUUCCGUCGCUCGGUGCUCCUAGGGCCUCCGCACCUGAGCGGCCUUCCUAG